GUCAAUUAACAAUACCAUUUUAUUUGUUUAUUAUUUAUUAUUAUUAGUUAAUUUGUUUUUAAUUUUACAACAAACAAUUAUGGAAGGUAAUUUUGUGCUUGCAGAAUACUCUAGUAAUAUAAAUAGUGUAAUUAAACAAACUUUUCAGUCCAUGCAAAGAAUCAAGCUUACAUGUUUCGAUGCGUCGCCGCACUACCUUAUUUUUGGCGCCACUAGCGGCGGAAUUUAUAUUUUCCAAUGUUGCCAGUUUGUGAAAUUAAUCCCUAGUAAAGAAGGUUCUGCUAGUCUGAUUGCAAUUUCCAAAGACGAGCACAAUGUCGCUGUUGCCACUUCUAGAGGUUUAAUACUUGUUCUCCAGAAUUUUCUAGAAGAUUCUAGCAAGUAUCAGGUUUUUAGUGAGCACGAAAUGCGCAACGUUACUUAUUUUAAGUGGCAUAAAAAUGAGCUUUACGUUGGGGAUGACAGAGGAAAAGUAUCUAUAAUUAAUGCUUCAUUUCAAACGACAAAAUCAAUAUUCCAACUACCCACAGCCACUUUGAUGACUCUAGAUUCUGCAAUCGUCCAAAUAGACACUUACCGAAGCUUUUUACUCAUAUCAACCAAAACCAAAACCUAUUUGUGCAACACCGAACAAGAGCGCUUUAUACAAAUAGGUAAAAAGCUUAGAGACGGUUAUUAUGGGGCAUGUUUUUCAAAUAAUCACAAUGACACUGAUGAAAUACCCAUAUUGAGCACCAAAAGCAAUAAUUAUGAAUCAGUAAAUGAAUUAUUAUCAAAUUGCAACGACUCAAACACCAAAAUAUAUUGUGCCAGGCCUGGUGCAAGGCUUUGGGAAGCAAACUUGGAAGCCAAAGUCUUGACUACGUAUCAGUUUAAAGGGGCCUUAAAGGCUGAGUCAUCAAAAGUGCUGGUGAUUGGGUGCGAAGAAGAAAGCACCCUCAAAAUCACCCAAUCGCAAGGGUCCUUGGACCAAUUUAAUUUUCAAAAGAUUUACUGUUUGGGAGAAAGAUUUGUGCUCACCUAUUAUUUGGAUAAAUUAUAUGUUUUUGAUCCUGUUGAGGGUAAAUUGGCCUUUUGGAUUGGAUUUGAUUGUGGAAUUAAGGAUGUGGCUUUUAUUGGGAAUGGGCAGGUUUAUGUUUGGAAGGAUAAUUUGGAAAUUAGCGUUUUGGCAGUACUACAGCUUGAAACUCUAAUCCUAUCCACCUUGUACAAGAAGCAGUUUUACCUUUGCACCGAAAUCUGUUUGGAAUACUCUGAGGCUGUCUUGAAGCUACUAGAAACUUCCAAAAAACUGUAUCUGUUAUCAGCCCUGGCAACCAAAAUCAGUGAUAACGAUUUGCUGCCAAAACUGGGACCAAUUUUUGCUAAAAUCAAGCAAACCAACGAGAAAUUUUUGAGAAAUCCUCAAAAAACAAACAACAUUGUGGUUGUAGAUAAUUUAUACUCAACAAAACCUGCAACAAUACCUACUAUUAUUGAAGACAAAAACAAAGAUUUAAAACUAAUGCUAAAACAAUACAACUUAAACAAAACCCAUAAGACAAUCGAUAUACCAGAAGUCAGCAACCUACUCAAUAAUUUCAGCAAUAAACAAGAACUAUUUAUAUUGUUUAAACAAUUUGCUGAAUAUGUUAAAGCAGAAUUAAACGAAGACUCUAUUGAUUGGUGCCAAAACCAAUACUUAAAGCAAAUUUCUCAAAGAAAUAUCUCAGUAAAAGACUUAGACCAGGAAAGCUUUGAGUUUCUCAUUGAAGCUGUAACAAAAUCUAAUAAUUUGAUUAAUUUUUCAUGCCCUUGCGGCUAUCCUUUGCCUAAAUGUCACAAAAAUGCCCCCAAUUUUUACAAAACUGCUUUGGAUUUAUUUAAUUCCAGAAAAAUCAAUACUGAACAGAUUCUCAAGUCAAUUCCCUAUUUGUGGAGGUACAAAAUCAAGACUGAAAUAUACGGAUUAAAUAUACCAGCCUUAAUUCAAUAUAGUAAUUUGGAUUUAUUCAAGGAAUAUACAUUGGAAUUAGUGUAUGAUAACUGGCACGAUGUUUUGGGCUAUUUUGUCAAGCUAAACAAAUCCAUAUGCCUGAAUUGUGAUAAGAGAAUUGAUAUUGAGUCUGUGUUGAGUUGGACUGAAGUAGCAAAAGUUAUAGUGCAAUCGCUUGGGUCAAAAAACGGUAUAAAAAUUUUGGAAAAGUAUGAGAAAUUUAUUCCAAAUGGGGCCUUAGAUGCUGGGUUUUAUCAACUUUGUGUAUUUGCUCAUAGUUUCAAGGAUGAAAAUAAAAUGAAGCGUGAUGUGCCUUUUAGGUUUUACAAGGAGUUGAAUAAGGAAGCCUUAGGACAGUUACAACAAUGCAUGGCAAACAAUUUCAAAAGAAAAUACACCAGUGUCAAAGCCAGCUACUACGAGUUUGUACCCGAAAAAUCAGGCCUGUGCCAGCUAUGCAACCUCCCAUUAAAAAACGACAUUUUGUUUGAUUGCAUUAAACCUUGCAGCCACAACUUUCACAAGUUUUGCUAUGAAAGAAACGAUAAUUCUUGCAACAUUUGUAAUAAUAACUGAUUUAUUUUUAUAAAAUAAUAAAGGAACAUAUUUUUUGUAUAUAUUUAUUCUAGCCCUAAAACAUAAUUUAUCCCUUGCACUAUGAAUAGUACCAAAGGCUGCCACGCUACCAGCCACCUGAUCCAGUCUAGCAGCUGCCCAAAAAGCAUGUGAGGCUUUUCCCAUGGGUUGGAAAAUAUUUUCUUCAAGUCUACUUUUUCUUUGCAGUAGGGGCAAGUUUGUUUUUUGCCCACUAUGCACCAGCCUCUAAUACAAAACUCGUGAAACACAUGUUCACAGCUUAGUUGAUAAGUAUUUUCAAUAACUCCUUCUUCAUCUGCUGCUACUAGAAGUUUGUUGCCGCAAAUGGCACAAACAUUGGGGUCUAGGUUUUUGGUUGGAAUGCCUUGAGGUGAAUAGUAGCCUAUGUGCGAGGCCAUUUUGUCUGCGCAUAUUUCAGAAAUGUCUCUGCCUAAUACUCCAUAGUAGAGGCCGUAGAAAAUAAAUAAGAUUGCAACAUCCAUCCAAAUGUCUGCUUUGGUAUUGAAGACUAGAUUUAUUCCAAAAAAGGUUGCCAUCAUUACUAUGUAGCCAAUGAUGCCUAAUAGAUAACUUAGUUUGUAUAGCAGGAGGAACCAUUUGUAUACUAG